UUAGUGAGAUCACUGUGCGAACCAGGCGGUGCUGAGGCACCAGGUUCACAGCAGUUGUUCUGUCUGUGGAGAGCUCUCCCGUAACACACAGCCACAAGCUGCUCCAGUUGAGGAUAAGUGUUGUUGUUUUUUUUUUUUUUUACCUCUUUGGUGAGUAUCGGACAUGGAAGGUUUCCGAACAAUCCUGAAAUUCUUUAUAAACCGAAGAACUGCUAUUGGCUACAGCUUUAUGGCUCUGCUGACACUGGGAAGUGAACGUGCAUUUUCUCUUGUUGCUUUCAGAUGCCCCUGCAGCAAUGAAAACUUCAAGUAUGGUUUGGUUUUUCUUUUCUCCCCAGCUUUUGUUUUACUUGUUUUUGGAUAUUUCCUGAAUAAUAAGACCUGGAAGCUCUUCACAGGCUGCUGGGUGAACCCCAGAAAAAUAUUCCCCAAAGGGAAUAUCUGCCAUUUCUUCAUUAUCUUUGGACAAAUCACAUUAAAUGCCCUGGUAGCCCCAGUGAUGUGGCUUUCUGUGGCUUUGCUCAACGGGACUUUUUAUGAAUGUGCCAUGAGUGGCUUGAGAAAUCCUGCCUACUUAGAUGCAAUUUGCCACAACAAAUCUGUGAAGUGCUUUGAGGAGCUGCACAAGGUGUCCUGUGGCAAAAGCACCAUGCCCUUUUCAGAGAGUGAGGAACUCAAGCUAACACUGCAGGCACACUCCCAGAUUUUAGGUUGGUGUGUGAUAGUGGCUAUGGCUCUUUUCUCCCUGCUAACCACUUGCUGUGCCAGCUGCCAGUUGAAAAUCAGCCAUCUCCAGCUGAUGUUCUGGAAGGUGUAUGCUGAGAAGGAGAAGGAGCAACUGGAGCAGACCUUCCAGCUGUAUGCCACCAAGCUGAGCGAGCGAAACCUGAAGUGUUUCUUUGAGAAAAGAAAGCCAGAAGUUAUGCCCCUGCCAGCUUUUCAGGCAUGGGAAGAUGCUUCCCAGCUCUACACUUUCAGCAGUAGCAAACAGCAUUAUAGCACAAUUCACAGGCUAGUUGAAGAAGGGCAGAAAGAAGUCAGUGAGGAAAGAGAGACAACAUAUGACCUCUUAGACAGAAGGGAAAUACCAUAGAUCACAUAUAACUUCAGCCUUUCUCUGCUGUGCUAAUAUAGCAUACUUCUAGCUUCUUUUAUCUGUAUUUUUUUUCACAGUGGCCCUUUUAUUCAUGAUCACAUUCCCUCCCAGUUUCAUACUUGCAUUUUUUUGUUUUAUGAAAUGAAAUUACUUUUCUACAACAGUGAAAAGACUGCAGUAUUCACUAGUACUUCAGCCUCGUGCCAUGCUGAUAUCAUUGGCUUUGUAUCAAGUAACAACAGCAAGAAGGAUUGCCUAAUGACUUUUGAGAGUGUCUGGACAUAUCCUAUGUAAAAGGUGCUAUAGCACACCUGUUCUAUAUAAAUCAAAAGGGUAUUAUAAA